AUGUCAGAAUUAGACAGUGAAAUAAUGAAUAGAUUUGAAGCUAAUCUUAAAUUUGUAAAUAAUAGAUACGAAAUAAGUUUAAUGUGGAAGGAUGAAAAAAUGAAAGUGGAGUACAAUAGAAUAGCUAGAAGGCGUUUCGAUGAAUUAAAUCAUAAAUUCGACAAAGAUCAUGAAUUAUGCAAAAAUUAUAGAGCUAUUGUUUUGGAACAAGAAAAUAGGGAAGUUGUUGAAAAAUAUCCUUAUAAAAUAAUUGAAAAUAGUUAUUUUAUGCCUCAUAGACCAGUUUUAAGAGAAGACACUACUACAAAUGUUAGGAUGGUAUUCGAUGAGUCUUCCAAAGAAAAGCAUUUAAACUCCUUCAACGACUAUUUAUAUCCAGGACCUAAUCUUAAUCCAAACAUACUUGAUGUAAUAAUGCAUUUCAGAACAUUCAGUGUUGCAUUUUGCACCGACAUUGAUAAGGCGUUUGUGCAAAUUGCGAUUACUGAAAAUAAUCAGAAUUAUUUAAAAUUUUUAUGGUUUAGUAAUGAAAAGGCCAACGUUGAAUUUUUUAGGUUUACGCGUGCACCCUUUCGUGUAACUUGCAGUCCUUUCAUAUUGGCAGCUACAGUUAAACAUCAUAUUCGAAAAUAUAAUGAACAUCCCAAAGUUGUUAAGAUUUUAGAUUCUUCUUUGUUUGUAGAUGAUUUAAUAACGGGUUCGAAUUCUGAUGAUAAAGCUUUCUAUUUGUCGUCAACAGCUUCAACUAUUUAUAAAGAAGCAGGAAUGAAUUUGCAGAAAUUUAAUACUAAUUCUGUUCAUCUUAGAAAAAUGUGGGAGAAAAAUAAAUUAUGUGAUUCACGAGAAAAUUCGAACAAUAGAAUAAAAGUAUUGGGAUUACUUUGGGGUACCGUUUCGGAUACUUUGCAUUUUGAGAUGCAAUCUCUUCCUGAUAGCUGGAAAUUUAAUCCAAUUAAACUAGUUGCUGUCAAGGUUAUGUUGAAAAUAUUUGACCCUAUAGGAUAUUUUGCCCCUUUUUUGUUCGAAUGA